AUGGUUGCCGAUGUGACCCCCACAAUGUCUUUUUCUGGCCCGUCAAAUUCAAGCAAUUCGUUCCGCACGACGGGCCUGUUGUCGAAUCCCAACUCCAGGAAGCUGGAUCAAGUUCGUGUCCGACACCAGGCAGAGCUGAUGGGCAUCACUCCUGGAACGUCUCUGCUCGCACAACAAACAGGACACCCCAGGUGGAUUUCGGAAGGCAAGGCCAGUGACGGCGAAGGAGCGGAAGAAACUGAGGAAGUCGAGAUUGAAGUGGAGGUCGAAGAGGAAACUGAUGAAGAGAGGCCAACCCCGCUUGAAGAUGCUGCUUCAACUUCAGGUCAACCUUUCAUAGUGAAACGGCGGGCAGAGAUUGCUUUGCGUGACCUGGCCUGCAAAGCCAUCUGUCGCAUCAAGAAAGGCAUUAGAAAACCUGGAGCACAAUCAGACGGCCGCCCCUUCAUUCCAGAGGAUUGGGAUGAGCUUUUCAAGCCGCACCUGGGCUCCUACAUCCGCUUUCUUCUAUCACGGUCAGACCAGUUUCGGGUCGUUCAAGGAAUCGGUCCGGGAAGAUACACAGUGGAGGAUGUAACUGGAGACAAGACUGUCGUUGCGCCGUCACCGGAAGAGCUGGCCAACAAGGGAACCAAAGGUGGCUUUGACCGAAAGGGAAAGGGCAAGUUUGCAGAUGCUGGGAAAGGCCGAAAAGGUAUUUACAAGGGCCGCGGAAAGACCCAGUUGGAGGAUGUCGGAAAGGGCAGACAGAAAUCCAAAGGAGGAAGCGCUGUAGCUGCGAAAAGCACAGGCAAGAUGUCAGCCGGUCACGCCAACUCAGGGAGCACGUCGAGCUAUGGCAAGGGAAAGCGACAGCCACAACGAGCUAGCCCUCGAGGUGACGCCGAAGCCAAAGCAGGCAAAGGCACAGGAGCAAAGGCAGGAUCGCCGUCUUUUCAUGCAGCCGAGUCAUCAUGGACCUUCAUGGAGGCGGAGCUCGACACUGUCGAGGUCUCGGUGGAUGUGGAGUGA